UCUAGUCUUACACUGCUAAAUUAGGGAUGGCUAGCGAAAUUCAAAAAUAAACAAACAAAUUGGACCGAGAGCGACUUAGUGAUUAACGUAUCGGACUGGAAAUCCAAGGGUCUCGGGUUUGAAAUGUUUUGCGUUAUAAGAGUAGCAGUUAAUUUCGCUAUUUGACUACAAGAAUAGCAACCUCCCACAGUGGUUGCUGCUGACUGGUUGUGCUCCCUAUGGUCCGCUGUUCAAAAUUAGACGCUAUGCCUAAAAUCACAUGAGGUCUACCUCUUCGUCGUUUAGUUCAUUUAUCACUUCCUCGCGAAAUUCAAUAAAAUUAACAAAUAAAACUCUUUAAGACACCCAAAGUAAAUCUUACUAAGGAUAUAUGAACUAUAGUAAUUGAGUUUAGUGACUGUUCUUAUAGGUGUUGAUCUUCAGUUCCGCGGAAAUCAUCAUGAUGACUAAAUAGUUCUAUUUCUUGGUUGAGUCAAAGGUGUUUCAGGCAUGAGAUUUGCUUCUUCGCUCUUAAUAACUAAUAAUAAGUAACACAGCGGCAAAUACACAGUUAAUAGAAGUAUUAUAGAGUGCGUUAAAUACCCAAGCCACACAUCGAACGUUACCUAACAUGAAGAAACUACAACCAUCAACUGCAAAACGUUUAAGAUAGGGAGAAAAAAUAUUUUUAUUGAACAGGAAGUGAACAUGAACGAGGAAGUAGUCCAUUUUUAUUGCCCUUUCGAUUUGUAGCCAGUUUCUCUGCCACUUUGUGUAAUUGAAUUUCAGAUAUAGCAACAUGUAGAAUAUGAUCAUAUACUUGAAAACAGUCACUAGAGGUACCAACCUACUGCUGUCGAAUGUCUUUUUACAUCUAGAUUGCCUAAGGGUAUAAUUUUGUUUUCACUGUGUGUGUGUGUGCAUUCGCUAACUUUCACCGACUUACCCCACGUGAUCUGUAUGCUGUAAGGCUGUUAACGUCACGUUGACCAGCUGCUGAUGAAUGAGUGAACGUUUGUACUUUAUUCAGUAACUACGGUGAUCUUCGUGCAACAUGAUGUAUACACCUGCAGAUGAGCUACAAUAACGUUUGGAAGCUGUUGGUGUGAAAUGCGUGAAUAACACCAAAAUAAAUGAGUAGUUUGAAUAUAGCUUGAUGGGUACAUGACAUCUAGAAAUCAUGCAGGAAUCUAGUCAUCGAUCUCCACAGACUUUUCACAAGAGUAUGAGUGCUAUCAGUCUUCAGUCUCUACAGACUUUAGGGUCCGUAGCAGCUCCCCACACUAUUCGUCGCAACUGCGGUAUUUUACCAGACGUGCCAGAGAAUGGAGAACUAUCGCUCGUUGGUAAUUCAUACCACAGAGAACAUCAUCAGCGGAAGUGCGCCAUCUCAGGUGAAAAGGAUGAGUGGGACAGCCUUCAGAAGAUAAUUGUAGGUUUGUUUCAAAGACCACAACCAGUCUUGGAGGUUGGAGAGCUUGCUUCUUUACACGAAACUCUACGAAAACUUCAGAACACAAAUGCCGGUCCGUUUAUAUACGAAUAUUAUAAGCAACAAAUACUAACCAAAGGAAUGAUGUCCCUUCGAGAACAUAUUCGUCAAUCUAAAGAAAAGAGCUUACUGUACCGUUUAGAGGAAGUGUGGGAGAAUCUGUUCGCCCAUGUUCUGCCGUUGUUGGAUGCAAUACUGUUUCUAAUUAAGACUAGAGAAGGUAUCAGUAUUCGACAAAUCACGCUAGCAGCUUUUCGUGACUUAGUUGUUUUAGAUCUUGGUAUAGAAGACAUUCUUUCCUCUGAGGCGACGGAGAUGCCACCUGGCGUGAAGCACAUGCUCUUAAUAUUAUAUAAUGUAAACGAUACAUUUCCUCCGAACAAAAACAAACUUCGUUUGGAGUCCUUGUUGGCCAGGGCAGUUGUCCCUUUUCUAGGGUUUAAAGGUCUAUAUUGUGGCCAACCUGUGCCGCUGAUCGAAUCGUCGGAGCCUCAGUUGAUUGAAAGAAGGAGAUCAAGCGACAGUGGUCGUCGAAUCUCUCGACCUUUCAGUAUCCAACCUCGACAGAUGGACACUCUGAAUGAAAUGUUUCUUAAUGCUCUCAGAAAACUCCAUGAAUGACAUUUUUAUACAACUGCAAUACGUGUAUGUUAUGAUUUUUAUUUUGGUUUGAGAAAAUAACAAAGAAUUAGAAACACUUUUCAAAAUCAGUUUCAAAUUUGUUGGUAAUAACUUAAAUUGUUUCGGUCUCUAUCAUUCGCAUUCGAAAAUAAAUAACUGUAGAGAAUAUAGUUUAAGAUCAAUUACAACGCUUGUAGACUCUCAAUAUUAUUACAUGCUGAAUCAUUUAAACUGAUAUGUCUGACUAGUUUAAAUUUCUUGUGUUCCCACCAUUCAUUGAUUGAUCCUGGAAACUUUACACACAUAGGUACUACUACACUAAACAUGUUUUCUAAGGAAACUGUAAACAUCUGAAUAAAAUAGAAUGAUUUUGGAAGAGUACAAUGGUAGACAAAUAUUUCAACAACUCAAGCGCCAAUAAGAUGUGCCCCGUUUUUAAAUGCAUGUGUUUGUACUAGUUAGCUGUAUAAAUAAUAUAGUGAAGUAUUUAAUUUAUACAAUUUACAGUGUUCUAGUUUUCAUGUCUGAGUAACCUGGAAAAUACCGUACCUCCUCUAAUUAACGCUCCCGGGGGCGUUGUAAGCUGCAAAGGAAGGCGCUAAUUAUAGUAUUUGUGCAGUUCAGGAUUCUAAUUUUCACAAUUUGCUAAUAACUAUGUAUAUGUGUGUUUGUUUUUCUUCCUUUUUUACAAAUCCAAAUUGCGGUAAUAAAAGUGGAUUAUAUCUUGGAUUACUCUUGCUAUCACACAAAGUUUAUAAAAAUACCGAGGGGGCGUUAAUUAGGGGCAAUACAAUAAGCAUGAAGUUUAAAAUCAAACUCAUUACACUAACAGAAACUUCUGAUGAACUGGUUAAAUGCUGAAGGUAUAUCGGACAGUAAUCCUGCCGUCAGCAUCUGUAUACUUUAAAACGAGAUAUGCGUUCAAUGUAAAAGAAUGUCUUUUGCCUAUUAAUUCUGGACGAACAAGAUCCUUUAUUCCUUUAGAACGUAGGCAUCUCUGCGUUUUUCAUAAGUUCAGCCUUUUAGUUCAAUGUGAUAAAGAAACAUUACAUACAUGGCUCUAAUUUGUUCUGUCAUAAGAAUGUAGAAGUAACAAACUAUUAUUAUAUAUACAGUAACUGUUCAAUGCACGGGAAAGACAUAGAAGGGCUAGAACCCCUUUGCAUGUCUUUCAGCAUCAAUUUGUCUUCUUUGCUUUGUUUCUCCAGGAGCUUCAUUUGACAGUGUCAGUUGUUUUCUCUCAUCUCUUUUUUCGGUUAUCCUGCUAACCUUUUUUGAUUUUGUCAUGCCAUCCAUCUAGUUUGUCUUUUUCUUAGUAAGCAACGUUUCCUUUCUUGUACUGUUUCUGAAAUAUUUUUAGUUUUAUUCAGAAUUUUAAUUUAGAAUUUAUUCCAUAGAUGGUGCCACAAGUGUUCAAAUGAAAUGAAAAGCUGAAGUCGCUUAAUGCUAUAAACGUGCCAUCUUUUAAUUCUAAUGUUAACCAAUAUCUCAAAUCACUAAUUUAAUCUAUAAUUCUAUUAAAAGAGAUUACUGUAAAUAUGAUCAUUUGUAAAAAACAACAAUAUAAGAUCACGACUCAAGUUCGAACGCGAAACUUCCAGAUAAACAGUCUGGGGCCGUAACGCCUGAGUUACUUUGCCACAUAGUUUAUAAAAUCCAAUGUUAACAAAUAUUACUUUAAAAUAGCAUGGUAUUCAUGUUUUCCAAAUAUUUGCUCUAAUCAUGAUUAUCACCAAUAAAAAUAUUGAAGAAAUACCAAGUGUACUGGUAUUUGAAAGCAGGAAUUCCGCUUGAGGUUCGGACCCUCUAACCACUGAGGCAAUCUGUUACCAAUAGACUGAUCGUUACCAACAGACAGUGGUUUGUAUGUGUGUGUAUGUAUGUGUAUUUCUAUAAGAUUACUUUGAUUUUAUACAAUCAUGAUUUUCACAUAGUAAUGUAAAUAAUGUAAUAACUGAAGUUUACAUUAUGUUUAUUUUUAUUAGAAGUAAAGGGUUCACAAUAGUAUUAACUAUCAGGAGUACAAAGUUACAAAAUUUACUAAAUGUGCAUUUUCAUUUUCUAUAAAUAAAGAAAUUGAAUGAUGUCGAUAUUUUAAGUUCAAUAAAAAUUGUGAUAUAUGUGUGUUAUUAACUGUUUUAAAGUUUUUCCGUUACAGUUAUGUUAGAAUUUACUAUUAUUUGUUGUUUUUCUUUAAACACCAACUAUAUUCAAUGGUUUUCAGUUAAAUGGAAACAAGCAUUAGUUAUGAGAAGAGAAAGAUGCUAUCAAAGAGCACUAAAGGUUCAACCCAUAAGGCUAGUUUGAAAAUCGAAUUAUAAUAUUAAUUGAACGUUUUGCAGUAAAUGUGUGAGGCUUACAAUGUUAAAAUUCAGAUUUAGAUCUCUGCCGCAGACGCAGUGCAGAUAGCCCAUCGUGCAUCUUUACGUUAAAACAAACAAGUGAAAGUGAUGAAGUGUGUUUUAGUUUCUAAAACAUAUAUUUAAUUUUUAAGUAUGUGUAACGAUAUAAUUA